AUGCCAGGCCUUCCAUACGCCGUGCCCGCAAACUACAUCAUCCGCCUCGUUGAGGAGAGCAAUGCGGCCACCCAGGGUCUUCCUCAGCAUUCUGAACCCGUUCAGCCACACGAGCACCCUACACACUUCCAAUUCCCUCGCGUGUCCCUGCACGAGAUGACACUGAGAACUCACUACCGUGGCCCACACAAGCCCGAACAGGUGUCAGCACCGAAAACAGCCGGCAUCUUCGCACCGGCCACCGAUAUCCGCGAGACGAUGCGCUCGUACCACAUCGAAAUCGAAACCCCGGGCGUCACGAACAAGGACAGCAUCAUGGUUCAAUGGCUCACACCUCAUACGCUCCUUGUCCAGGGAGAAUCCAAGAGGCCCGCCAACAUUGGCCUGCUCGACGGUGAAGAAGGCGGCAAGAUCUGGGAAGGCGCAUCCGGCGAAGGAUGGGCAGUAGAAUCAGGGCAUGUCAAGAAGCAAGAAGAUGGCGGCCCAAUCGUCCGCACACCCUCACGAGAGACGGUCGAGGCCGAACUCCUCUCCGACGCGACGCCUACCGUGCUCCUGUCUGAGCGCAAGGUCGGCCCGUGGAGACGUACAUUCACCUUGCCCGAGGACGUGGAGAUGAAAGAGCUCAAGGCCAGGUUGGACGGCGGCCUCUUGAGGAUCGACUUGCCCAAGCGCAGUGUCGAGGAAGAAAUCGAAACGAGAGGUGGCGGAAUCAAGAUCGAGAUCGAAUAG